AACAAUAAUUCUCUGUAUGUAAAACAAAACAAAUUCUAAUUUAUUUGAGAUAAACUGCCAGUUUUUUAUUAAUUUGAAGAAAAUGCAAACAAAAGUAUGCCGUUUAUGUUGUGAAAAUGAAGGAACGAUCCAUAUUUUUGAUAAUACCGAUGAAUUAAAUCUAAGUGUUAAAAUAAUGUAUUGCUGCAAUAAAUCUAAAGUUAACAUUGAAGAGGACGAUAUUCUUCCUAAAGUCAUUUGUUCUGCUUGUCAUAUUCAGUUAAGCAAAUCUUACGAUUUUAUACUGCAAUGCGAAUCGGCAGAUCAAAAACUACGCUCAUUACAGUUUGUGAUACACGGUAACAUCGAGACAAUUAAGGCAAAGGAUUCGAUAAUUGCAUACGAAUUUAAAGUUGAGCAUACAAGUGACGAUGAAAGAAGUAACCCACCUCUAUUGGAAAGUAGGGAAUCUUCUCCAGUUGUGAGGGAGAAGGUACUAUGUUCUGUGAAAAGAAGUGGAAAGAAGACUCGAAAAAAAGUUAACACCAAUCGUCGACCAGUUCGUUGCCCAACUUGUGACAAGGCAUGUUUGAAUAAUUCUGCAUUAAUGGCACACAUGAGAGCACAUUCUGAUAAGCGCGCCUUUAAAUGCUCCCUUUGUGAUAAGACAUACAAGGACCCAGCAGGAUUAAAACGACAUACAGAAACUAAUCACACUGAAUUUAGAACUCGUAAUUUUGUUUGUGAAAAUUGUGGAAAGCGAUUCUUCACCAAAAGGUGUUUGAACACUCACACACGCACACAUACAGGCGAAACUCCAUUUGCUUGUAAAUUAUGUCCUGCCCAAUUUACACAGUCAGGAUCAUUAAUUAGACACAAAAGAACACACACAGGAGAAAAGCCUUUCAAAUGCAGUUUAUGUCAUAAGAAUUUUUGUUCUAAAUCUGAAUUAACCAUACAUGCAAAGGUUCAUAGUCAAGAAAAGAAUUACACUUGCAUCUUUUGCAAUUUGAAAUUUAAGCACAGCCAUAGUUUGAAGAAACAUAUACAGCAUCAUGAGAGUAAAUCCGCAUGCUUUGUUUGUGAUCUGUGCAAGAAAACAUUCUUUCAAAAGAAUAAUUUAGCCACACAUAUCAAACGCAGGCAUUCUGCUCAAUCAGGUUUCUGUAAUAUAUGCUCCAAGUAUGCAUCUAAUAUAGAAAUGCACAUGUGGAAGCACAAUGAUUACAGGGGAUUGAAAUGUGAUUAUUGUUCCAACUCCUUCUUUGAUAAGAAAGGCUUAGUUAGGCACAUGACUUAUAAGCACAAAGACUACAAACACAAGUGUGCAGAAAAUGGUUGUGGAGCAAUAUUCCCAGUGAAACAAAUGCUUGAGUACCACAUAGCAAGAUUUCAUUCUACUGAAAAGCCAUUCCCUUGUGAUUUGUGUUCUAGGGCAUUUUAUAGAAAAAGCGACUGUGCCAGACAUAAAUUAGGUACACAUAAAGACAAAGUUAUAUGAUUUAAACCAAUUUUAGGUAAAUGUAUACAAUAAAUAUUUUUAAUG